CUGACACAUCGCCAUUUUUUAUACGUCAAACGAAUGUUUCAUUUCGUUGAUUCGUUCAUGUCAUAGUUUCUUUUUGAUUAGUGGGCCGUCUAAAUCCUAUCUGAUUGUUUUAAUUAAAUUAGGCGUUAUGAUGGCUGAGGACACAACAGCCGAUGCAACUAGAAGAUUAAACGUUAAGAAACAAACACUCGAUGACGCUUACGCUGCGCCGGCAAACUUCUUGGAGAUCGAUGUAGUAAAUCCAGUGACAACGAUGGGUGUAGGGAAAAAACGCUAUACGGAUUACGAAGUUCGCAUGAGGACCAAUCUCCCUGUAUUCAAAGUUAAAGACUCGAGUGUUAGACGGCGAUACAGUGACUUUGAAUGGCUCAGAAACGAAUUGGAAAGAGACAGCAAGAUUGUAGUCCCUCCAUUGCCAGGAAAAGCUUUAAAGAGACAACUUCCCUUCCGUGGGGAUGAUGGUAUAUUUGAAGAAGAGUUUAUUGAAGAUCGUAGAAAAGGUUUAGAAGUAUUUAUCAACAAGAUUGCCGGCCACCCUUUGGCACAAAACGAAAGGUGUCUUCACAUGUUCCUCCAAGAGCCAACAAUCGACAAAAAUUAUGUACCAGGCAAGAUUCGGAACACAUAAUAAAUAAAAUUGUCUCCAUUCUGAUGGAAAUUUGAAACAAUUCUCGUCCAAUGUCCACUUUAGUUUUUGUAAAGUGGUUAGUUAAUAACCCUAAUGAGAUGUAAAUAAUUUGACAAAGAAGGUUCUUUUCAAAUAUUGAUAAAUAUAAAUAAAUAAUUAUGAAAACAAUAAAAAAAAUGUGGCCAGUGUUAGUGAACAUUGUUUAUCUUGUUUCAUGGAGCAUAUUAGGAGAAUUGUUUUAAAUUUCAAGAAGCAGAAUCUUACUGCAUCUUGCAGAUAGUCAAUGUUUACUUUUGGGGUUUGACUAUAUCACAUUAUAAUCUCAACGCAAUUUGCAGUGAUAUUCUAACUGUAACCCAUUCAUUUCAAACUAAGAAACAAAUGAAAUAUUUUACACACAGCACAGCAUUCCACAGAUUAUAUUUUUUAAAAGGUUUUUGUAAACAGAGUAAAAAUAACAUCUGUCAUUUUGUAAAAAUGGAAAUGUAAUGGCGCUAAAAUGGUAGAAAACUGUCUCCCAUUGAUAAGAACAAAAAUCGAUUGUAUAAAUUUAGAUAAUGUUAUUGUUUAUUACUAAAGCAAUAUUAUUGGCAUUGUUAAAUUGUUUAAACUUAUUUACGUCAUCAUUAUAUAUCCAAUUCUGUUAAGUGUGGAUUGCCAGUUAAAUAUUUAAGACAUACAUGCUCUUUAAUUAAUAAUAUUAUAUAAUAUCAUAUAUUAUUACAGCAAACAAAUUGUAUGUUUCAAAUCUCAUAUUUUUAAUUUAUGAUUUUUGCAAUUUCAUUAAGAAAUUGUAUAUAUUUAUUGCAUAUUAUUUUAUUGGAUGUAGAUAUAAAUAUUAACAUCGUGGUAGAAAGGGAUACGAGUGAUGUACUAGAUAUUUAUUAAUUUGUAAUUUUAAUAAAAAUAGGGCAAAUUUUUUUCAUACUAAUAUGAUAGAGUGGUAUUUGAUCACUUUAAUUUUUGUCACAUAUCUCGGUUCCCUUUAUAGGACAUAAAAAAAGGAAGUACCAUAAUUCAUUGUUGAAGUGAUGUCAGAUUGAGCCCUACAAUAUAAGAGUUUAAUGAUCUAAUAUACAUCAAGUUUUUCAUUUCCCAAUAAAAGCAUUAAUGCAUAGGUCCUUCAUCAAGAGACUAUGUACAUUUGUGAAAAGUUGAGUUUUUUUUAUAAUCUUCAGUUUUUUGAGUGUCUCAAAUUAAGGUCUAAAUUGGAUUGUAAUGUUUUGUUUAUUAGAUUAAUUAUAUUAUUAUGAUUAAAUAUUUGUUGUACUAAUCACUGAUUUAUGGACAUGAAAAUAGUGGUUGAAUUAUAGUACUGGGAAUUCAAUUAUGCUUUGAUGAUAAAAAAUAAUUUACCUACAAACUUGACAAAAUCAAUUUGUAACAUAAUAAAAUUAUGUAAAUGGUUUUCCAGAAAGUUGAUAUUAUUAAACGCUUUAUCCACCUUACAGUGAAUAUAAAUUUUCUGGUGCACCAUAAUGGGUGGAAAUGUUGAAUAGUAUUGUCAUCACUAGGUGAUAAAAUUGACUGUUUAGUUAGGCAGUCUUAUAAUGUGGAUAUUUGUUUGAACAUCAGUUAAUGUUUGUUUACAUUGUAUGUAUUACGUCGUUCAUAAUAGUUUAAUAAAGUAAAUUUGCUAUCAUAUUUGUGUGUUUUUCUGAAUAUGUUAUGGGUAGCUUUUCAUGCGUCGGACUCUAUUGGCCAAAUAGUUACUCAUGAUAAAAGUUUUCACGGAAAUUCAUAGUAAUAUUAUAAUCUGUCUGUUAUCUCUUCACGCUUAAACUGCUGAACCGAUUCCGAUGAAAUUUGGUUAAAGGAAAUCUAAAUUUUCUACGCAGGCGAAGUCGCGGGCACUCAAAUAAGUUCAAUUUGCUGCGUCGUUCAAACUUGAUUUUUAAACGAACUUAAGUAAUCUGUGAUUUAGUCCUUCAUAGAAAAACUUCCCCCUUAUUAAUAAACGGAAAAUAAGCUUCAAUUAGUUAUGUACUUGAUGUUAUGCAUUGUCUCUGUUCAUUGUUCUAACAAAACAC